CUGUCUAUGCCACCUUUUAAGAUACGAUUUGAUCAUAAGCCCGUUUUAUAAAGAAAGUUAUGGCUCGGCUAUGGUUCGCUGAAUAUUUGUGGUAAGACCGGAAAUGGAAACGGCGUAGAAAUAGUCGUUUUCCUUUGCGUGGUGGUUUAGCCACUCACAGUGCGUCGUGUGCAGAAGGAAGAGGCAUCAUCUGGAGAAAGAAUUCGGUCUGCCCCAGUAUAGUUGACUCAAAAAUGCGUUUUGCUUUGCUUGCACUCAUAGCCUUCCUGUUUAGUUUCGUUGAAGCCAAGCAGAAAGAUUUCUAUACUUUCAAAGUUGUGAACAGUAGAGGCAAAUUAGUAUCCUUGGAAAAAUACAGGGGCUCGGUGGCCCUGGUGGUGAACGUGGCGAGUGAGUGUGGCUUCACUGAACAGCACUACACGGAUCUCCAACAGUUACAGAGGGAUUUUGGGCCCAACCACUUCAAUGUGCUAGCCUUCCCCUGCAACCAGUUUGGACAGCAGGAGCCAGGCAGUGACAAGGAGAUUGACAGCUUUGUGCGCCGGGUUUAUGGUGUGUCCUUCCCUCUCUUCAGCAAAAUUGCAGUCACUGGAACUGGGGCCAAUAACGUCUUCAGGUACCUGGCUGAGUCGUUUGGGAAGGAGCCUGACUGGAACUUCUGGAAGUACCUAAUAGAUGUGAAUGGGAAAGUUGUGAAUGCUUGGGGGCCUACAGUUUCCGUUAAAGAAAUCCGGCCUCUAAUCACUGAUAUGGUCCGGCAGAUUAUCCUGAAGAAGAAAGAUGAACUUUAGUGUGGAACAUCUUGAAGUCUCAACCUGGUACAUCCCAUGAGAUAAAAGCCACUAAAAUUCACAACAGAAUCCCAGGCAAUGUAAAGGGCACACUUUUCAAAAUAUAUGUUUUUUCUCAC